AUGACUAGUAUAUAUAAAGUUGUACUGCUCGGUGAGGGACGUGUUGGAAAGACUUCUAUUGUCUCUCGUUUUGUAGAGAACACCUUCGAUCCCAAUACACGGAGUACCACCCAGGCAGGUAUGUAUACUAGCGCCCGUGUACCCCUACUGGAUACGACUAAUAAUAAUAAUAAUAAUAAUAAUAAUAAUAAUAAUAAUAAUAAUAAUAAUAAUAGUGGGAUAUCAACAUCAUCAACAACAACACCAACGGUAUCUCUGCAAAUAUGGGAUACAGCUGGACAGGAAAGAUUUCAUGCUUUAGGGCCUAUUUAUUACCGCAAUGCCCAUGGAGCUAUGUUGGUGUAUGACAUCACAGAUGCAGAUACCCUGGAGAAGGUGCAUAUGUGGAUAAGAGAACUACGGGCUGUGGUGGGAGAUAAUAUUCAACUCGUGAUUUGUGGAAAUAAAGCCGAUCGGGAAGAGGAACGGGAUAUCACGCAAGAGGAGGCUGAGGCAUUUGCAAAGGAACACAACGCCCUACACUUCACCACAAGUGCAAAGACAGGAAUGAAUGUAAUAGAGGCAUUUAGAGCAUUAGCCACCGCCAUCGCCCAAUCCACAUCCACUAAGAAGAUGAUAUUAACAACAACAACAACAACAUCAACAACAGGAGUUUAUGGUGGGAGUAGUGUAGAUGCCUUAGCCAGACGACCACGAAGACGAGGAGGACAUUUACGCAUUGAAGAAGAUAAUGAAAAUGAAAAUGAAGAAGAAAAGAGAGAGGGAGAAGAAGGAGUAUUAGAAGGUAAAGUGGUUAAAGGAGCGAGACGAACAAAUCCAUCUACAACCACUGGAAGAGAGUCUGUGGGUGUUCAUACACUCUCAAAGGAAGAUUACAUGUAUGAUGAUAAGAGACAACGAAAUGGAAAAAUACAACGCGGGGUGGUGGAUUUACGUGCAGCCCCGAAAGGGAAUGGAAGUAAUAGUGAAGAUAAAGAAUCAGGUGGCUCUAGUGGGAGAUAUGGUUGCUGUGCCUAA